AUGUAUCCUGAUAACGCCCAUCCCGACAAUGCCUACGUGCAACAUCAACGUAUGUCUGUCUGCGGCCAAUAUCCUCCUCAAUAUUGGUCUGCUGAGACGCCAUCACAACACUCGUCCACACCAAACACCCUCCGCCCUCACCACGCAAGACAACAUUAUGCGCACGGCGUAGAGCGAGAAGAAGAAGACUCCAGCCCCCGGGAUCCCCUCUCUCCGCCGCCGUCUUUCGUGCCCCACGCUCCCUCACCACCCUCCCAGCAGCAACUUCACCCGAAGCAGAACAACUUCCCCGCCCCCGUCGUCAUCGGCAGCAUGUUCUCCUCCCAGAACCAGGACCCCUACACCUCUCAGCCGGCGGUCCACUUCAACGAGGCCCAGCUCGCCGUCGACGAGGUCACCAACCGCGCCCGUGGCAAAGGUUUCCGCGACGAGCUCACCAUCGCCGCCAACGGCUCCGUCACACCCGGCGUCGACGAUACCCCUUACCUCCGCUAUGCCUUGGAGGCCCUGACGAGAGAGCACGGCCACAGCGGCGGCUUCUCCCCCCCGUCCAGCGUCCCCUCCCCGGCCGAGAACACCGGCUACUACCGCGCUGCCGGAUACCUCCCGGACGACCUUCAGAGCCCUCUCAUCGGCGGCGACCCUGACUCCGGCUUCUCCCCCAUGGUCCCCGUCCCUACGCACACCCGGGACUCGGUACGCCGCCAGUCUCGGCCGCAUUCUAACGCCGGCGGCGCCGAGAGACCUUCCAUGUCCCUCGGCACACGCAUCAUCUCCAUGUCGCCGCCGCACUCGGCAGACUCGAGAUAUCAACACAACCAAGCCCAAACCCCGGCCGGCGCAAACCCAACCGAGACCACGCCAAAAUGGCUCCCCGUCAGCGAGAGGGAGAGCGUCUUCCCAGGCAUGACAAAGAUCGACACCAUCGACGAGGACCGCGCGAUCUACCCCCGCCUCAACUUCGUCCCCGCGAUCCUGCGUCUCCCCUCCCUCAUCGCCCUCACGACGCUCUGCCUCGUCAUGAUCGCCUGCCUCAUGGUCGCCGCCAUCUACUCACCAAUCCAACCCGGCCUCCUAACCUACGGCGAGACCAUCUACAGCGGCAAAUACUUCCUCUUCCGCAUCCUGCCCCAGCUCUUCGCCUCCUUCAUCUUCGUCUACGCCCAGUGCGUCGCAGCAGCAACCCUCCGCAUCCUCCCCUUCGCCGCCCUCUCCGAAGACGAGCCCCUCCGCCGCCGCAACGCCCUCUUCCAAAACCUCUACGCAAAGACCCUUCUCCUCCCGCAGCUCGCCGGGCCCGUCCACGUCAAAAUCGCCCUCGCCAUCCUCUGGCUCUCGGCUCUCGCGAUCCCCCUCGCCAGCGCCUCCUUCACCGUCAUCCUCGUCGACGUAUGGUACUGGACCGCCGUCCAGGGCGUCGUCUGGACCCUCGUGGCCCUGUACAUCCUCAUCCUCGCUGCCGUCCUCACCCUCCUCCUCUUCUGGCGCAACCGCGUCACAGGCCUCAUGUGGGACCCGCGCUCCAUCGCAGACCUCUCCGUCAUGAUCGCCCGAAGCAACACCCGCGACGCCUACCGCGGCGCAGAAGUCGCCCCGACACGCAAGAAGCUCCGCUCCCUCCUCCGCAACCGCAUCGUCGACCGCCUAGGCUACUGGAUGACGGACAACAACCAAGAAACCCCCUGGUACGGCCUCGGUACAGAACACUCCCAGGGCCACACCCCGUCCGACCUCCACUACGACAUCAAGAACGAAUCCUCCUCCUCCUCCUCCUCCUCCUCCUCCUCCGCAGACGACCGCGACAACGACAACGACCGCCGCUCCGUCACAUCAACCCUCCUAGCAGGCCGCUCCGCAAACCGCACCGCAAACCGCUCCAGCCUCGUAGAAACCUACACACUCCCCUGGUCCCUCCGCACCCCCCAAGUCCUCUUCUACGUCGUCGCCUCCACAAUCCUCCUCACAGCCCUCUUCGUCAUCUCCUUCCUCCACCGCACCUCCCUCACCGCCGGCUUCCGCCCAGGCGUCCCCGCAGCACCCUCCUCCGCCCGCGCAGGCGCCUUCUCCGCCGCGAACUUCCUCUACAGCUUCGUCCCCAGCCUCCUCGGCCUCGUCCUCCUCCUCGCCUUCCAGUCCCUCGAGCAGCAAUUCCGCAUCCUCCAGCCCUGGGCCGACCUCCUCACCACCACAGACGGCGCGCCGGCCUCCCGCUCCGUGCUCGCGGACUACGCCGCCUGUCUGCCGCUGCAAUCUACCUCGCACGCCCUCCGCAACGGACACUACCGCGUCGCCGCGCUCUCCGCGCUCUCCCUCCUCCUCGUCUUCCUCCCGGCCCUCGCAGGCGGGCUCUUCAUGGCUCUGACGGCCACCCGCGCCCAAGAAAGCGGCGUCCGCAUGUUCCCCAACGUCCCCGUCUUCGCCGUCAUUCUCGCUUUGUUGGUCCUCUACCUCGCCGCCCUCGUCUCCCUCCUCUUCGGCCGGAACCAAUACCGCCUCCCGCACGCCGUCACCUGCCCCGCCGAAAUCUUCUCCUUCCUCGCCAACGAGGACUGCGCGGCGGACCCGGCGUUCCAGGCUGCGCCCCGCUCGGCGGAGAAGCUGCGCGUCUAUCUUGGGGCCGGGCCCGGUAGCGCUGCUAGGGGUGCUUCGGCGGCGGCGGCGGGGAUGAGUCAGAGUGUUUGGGUGUUGGGGUAUGCCCCGGCCGAGUCGACUCGCGAUGGGGGGAGGAGGCUUGGGGUGAGGAGGUUGAAGAGGUUUACGGGGGAUGGUGGUGAGAAGGGGCCUUUUGGGAGGGGAGGCCUUCUUCGAGGGGGGGAUAUGAUGGGGAUGGUUUGAUG